GGAAGCAGCAGCAGCAGGCAGAGCUCCGCGAGACCAGUGCGAGCGCACUACAUUCAGAUCACAGCCAGAGACGCGCCUCUGCACCUCUGCACCUCUGCGAUACACAGCCAUGGGAAGCCAUUUAUCCAACAUUGACCGUAGCAAAAUGCCAUUGGGAGAGGAUGGACACUCUUGGAAAAAGAAAACGUCGAGCAUCAAGGACAUCUAUGACUUCAAAGAGGUUUUGGGAACAGGGGCUUUUUCUGAGGUGAUGCUCGCAGAGGAGAAGAGGACUAGAAAACUAGUGGCGAUAAAAUGCAUCCCAAGAAAAGCUCUGGAGGGGAAAGAGAACAGCAUUGAAAAUGAGAUCGCCGUGCUCCACAAGAUUAAACAUGCCAACAUAGUUUCCCUGGAGGACAUCUAUGAGAGUAAAUCACACCUCUACCUUGUCAUGCAACUAGUGUCCGGUGGUGAGCUCUUCGACAGGAUUGUGGAAAAAGGAUUUUACACGGAGAAAGAUGCCAGUAAGCUCAUCCAGCAGAUCCUGGAUGCUGUGAAGUACCUGCAUGACAUGGGCAUCGUGCACAGAGACCUGAAGCCAGAGAACCUGCUGUACUACAGUAUGGAUGAAGACUCCAAAAUCAUGAUCAGUGAUUUUGGCCUGUCAAAGAUUGAGGGUUCAGGUAGUGUGAUGAGUACAGCGUGUGGCACUCCUGGAUAUGUAGCUCCUGAGGUUCUGGCACAGAAGCCAUACAGUAAAGCAGUGGACUGCUGGUCAAUCGGGGUCAUCGCUUACAUUCUUUUAUGUGGCUAUCCACCAUUUUACGAUGAGAACGAUGCCAAGCUCUUUGAGCAGAUCCUGAAGGCAGAGUAUGAGUUUGAUUCACCGUACUGGGAUGAUAUCUCUGACUCAGCCAAAGAUUUCAUUGUGCAUUUAAUGGAAAAAGAUCCCAGUCAGCGUUACACGUGUGAACAGGCUCUUCAGCACCCAUGGAUCGCUGGAGACACAGCAUUGGAUAAGAAUAUCCAUGAAUCUGUCAGUGCCCAAAUUAAGAAGAACUUUGCCAAAAGCAAGUGGAAGCAAGCAUUUAAUGCCACAGCAGUAGUUCGUCACAUGCGCAGGCUGCAGUUGGGAACCAGUCAGGAGGGCCAAACGCAGUCCACCCUGCCCAGCCCCUGCCACGGGCACCUGCUGCUGCCCGAGGGGGACGAAGAAGAGAGCUCCCUGCAGAGGGAAAACAGUGGCUGUUCUGAGGGUGUCAGUGAUGGAAAUGACAUCCAGAACUGCACCUACCAUGUCCAUUCUACUAGUCGGGUCUGAAUGUCAAUCAUCUUGCAGUAACCAAUGACUGACUGUCCUGUUUUUCCAAUGGAGUCCUGCCACACCCCCAGUCUGGCCAGGAAUACUUAGUAGUUCCAGCAUCCUGCCACUUGGAGGUGCUGCAAUGUAAAGAACCAAGGUGGGAAUGGGGUCACUACUAUUCCAAUGGAGCGAUUCUGUUUAAUGAGAGUUCGAAAAGAUACAAGAAGAUUGCCACAGGCAUUUCAUGGGUAAUAUAUACUAUUGUGGAAGCUGGAUAGAGAUUGGACAGUGUUUUAAUUCGUUUUUUAAAACAACACCGUCUACUUUCAUUUUUCUUUUCCUGAACUAAACGUCCACAGGCCUGUUUCUCGUUUAAUUCAAAAUGCGACAGUGGCUGAUGGUAUGUGGCCUGAUUUAAUGCACAUACAUUUUAGAUUUGGUGACAUUUUAUGAGAUUAUGAAUUUUGGCGUUAGAUUAUGCUAAGAUUUCCCAUUUUAGAUGCACAUCUUGAACGGUAAAUAUUCUUUCUUUUCAACUGAGGUACAAACAGAUUUCACAUCCAUUGCCACAUCUCAGUUGCUUUGUACAUCCAAAAGAAGCGCUGAUUUCAUGUAAAUUACAUUUUAGUUUGUUUUUUAAAUGUUUUUUUAUUUUAAACAUUUAACGUCUUUUUUACACUAAGUCUUCACAACAGAUCAUUCAGUCAGUAUGUUUAAGAGCGUCUUUCUCACUUCAAAUGUUUUCUGUGGUGCCUUCAUGGAUUCAGUAUCAAUGUUCUACUCUUUUUUUUGUUUUUGUUUUUUUUGUUUAAAUAUGUUUUGAUCUUUUCAGUUGGGAAUGUUGGACGCUGUACAUGUUAAAACAUUGCUGUUUAUCAUCAAAUUCACCUACAUGGCAUAUAAGGCUAUUCUAAGCUAUGCACUGUCGGUGGACGCUUUGUAAAUGUCUAAUGUUUAAUGCUGCCAUCCUGUAAAUAUUGCAAAGCUAUUGUUUUUUGUAAACCCCUUUCUAUUACAACAUUAAAAAUACUCAGGGGAGGAAUUGAAAUCAGAGAAUUGUGAUAUACUGAAUGAUAAUUUUACAAGAAAAAAAACUAUAGGAUACUGAAUAAAUGUCACUACAAGGGUCCAUAUUAUAUAAAUAUAUUUGACAAUUUGGAUUCUUUUCAAUGUUGGAAUCUGUAUGAAAGUAACCUCCAUUAAACUACAUGAAUGUGUGACUUGACUCCGAUUUUA